GAACGUUUAUGACGUUUAAUCGUCGUGACAGAUUGGCCUUUGCACACGAAGGGACAAUUCGCAAUAUGACGUGUUCCCGGGCACCACCAGAGAGCGCUAAAACUGCCGUACUGAAAGCGUAAACCUGUAAAAAAUGUUGUGCUCACAUUAAACGAAUAGUAAUUUGUAAGCUUUAUUAUAUUUGUAUUUGUUGUAAUGCGUAGUAUAUGUCAGUAAACGUUUGUUUAAUAACCCUUCAGGCAAAGUAAAAGGGUGACUGGGUGUAAGCGAGCGCGUGACCUCAUGUGAGGACGCGCGCGUGCCCGACAUGCGCGUACGAGGCGUGACACCGCCUUGCGCGUACACGCGUUCCGCGGAUAGGGAGCCAUCCAUCACGCGCACCUUUCGUCAGGGAUGCAGGGAUUUUUUUUUACAGAUUAAAUUAACUCCAAACCUUAAUAAUACACAACAGCAACAAACAAGCGUGAAGAGCCGAGUUCAAGGGAUUUGUCCGGGGCUUGAGCCAGUAGCGAGCCCGGGGAGGAGAGACCAAGCCAGGCGGAGGGUGGGGGGCGCCAUGGAUGGGAUGCAGGCGUACGGUGCCGGGAAAGCCGGUGGAGCCUUCGACCCGGUCACCUUCUUCCAGCAGCCUCAGACUAUACUACGCAUCGUGUCAUGGCUCUUCUCCAUUGUCAUCUUCGGCUGCAUUGCCAACGAGGGCUACAUAAACAGACCCAACGAGGUGCAAGAGUACUGCAUCUUCAACCAGAACCAGAAUGCCUGCAACUACGGCAUCUUCAUGGGCUCCAUGGCCUUCUUGUGCUGCGUGGCCUUCAUGGCCCUGGACGUCUACUUCCCGCAGAUCAGCAGCGUCAAGGACCGCAAGAAGGCGGUGCUGGCUGACAUCGGCGUGUCAGCCUUCUGGUCCUUCAUGUGGUUUGUGGGUUUCUGCUUCCUGGCUAAUCAGUGGCAGGCAACCGACCAGGACGACGACCCGCUAAGGGAGCGUGGGGACGCCGCCCGAGCCGCCAUCACCUUCGCCUUCUUCUCCAUCUUCACUUGGGCGGCACAGGCCUUCCUGGGCUUCCAGAGGUACAAGCUGGGGGCCGACUCGGCCCUCUUCUCGCAGGAGUACACGGACCCCAGCCAGGAUGCGGCGGCAGGUAGUGGACCCUACACCUCCUUUGGCGGUGACAACCUGGAGAGCCCGCCGAGCGGAGGGGGAGGAGGAGGUGGCGGGCAGGCAGGAGACGACGUUUUUGAUGGUACCACCGGAUACCAGCGUCAGGACUACUGAGAGAUAGCUGAGCUAGACGGGAAAUGGGCUGACUUAUUUUAGAUUCACUUUCUGUUUCAAUAAAGUACAGCAGGACCUUUGAAGUCCAACUCAAUCACUGGUAGAUGUUUAUUUUGUUGGGAUCUAGAAAGAAAGGGAGUCUGGGUCAGUUUGUGUUCACGUUGCAAACUGGUUCAAAAGAGGACUGCGUACUUUUCGCUAGUCCUGUAAAGUCUGAUGGGGCCUCAAGUCAGUCCAACGGAAAUAAAAGGUGAAGUUAAUAUGGACUACGCUUGUGUUCACUUCGCCAAAUGGUUUUAAAGAGGAUUCAGUUUGUUUUUUAUUGACUUAUGCAUUUUAGGUCUGAUAACGCCUAUCCUGGUAAAUCCUGGUUUCAAAUAAGCUCUGGUUCUUUUUCUUGGUCCAGAUCUGAUAGGCCCUCGGGUAAAUCCAAUACCAAUUCAAGGCAAAUUAAAAUCGGACCACUUUUGCAUGCACAUUGUGAAUGAGUUUUUCUUUGGUUUCAGGUCUGCUAAUUGCCUGAAGUCAAUCCAAUGGCAAUACCAGGGUUAAGGUUAGAAGACCACUUUGUGUUCACAUCUAUUUGCUUGACAUUUAAGGUGUGGGAGGACCUCACAUCAAUGCUUGUUUCAGAGAGGAUCUGGUUCUUUUACUGAUCCAUUUCAGCUCUAACUGGGCCUCAAGUCAUUCACUUUCUGUUUACAUUGCAAAUCGGUUUGGAAGUGGAUCACAUUGUUUUAACUGGUCCGUUUGGUCCUGUCUUAUGGGGCCUCAAUUCAAUACACUGGAAGUGGAAAUACCAUCAUGGACCAAAAAAGGAAGUGCAUCCUCUUUCAAAACAAUUUGUAGAGCACAAACUGGUCCAGAUUCACAUUACAUUGUAUUUCCAGUGUAUUGACUUGGGGAGGCACGGUGGACGACGGGUUAGCACAUCUGCCUCACACUUCUGAGGACCCGGGUACAAAUCUGGCCUCGCCUGUGUGGAGUUUUCAUGUCAUCCAUGUGCCUGCGUGGGUUUUGUCCGGGUACUCCGGUUUCCUCCCACAUCCCAAAAACAUGCAUGGUAGGUUCAUUGAAGACUCUAAAUUGCCCGUAGGUGUGAAUGGUUGUUUGUUUACAUGUGCCCUGCGAUUGGCUGGCGACCAGUUCAAGGUGUACCCCACCUCUCGCCCGAAGAUAGCUGGGAUAGGCUCCAGCACGCCCGCGACCCUCGUGAGGAUAAGCGGUUUGGAAAAUGAAUGGAUGACUUGGGGCACCAUCAUGCAUGGACAAGAAAGAUAGCUUUAUCCUCUUUCACAUCAAAUUUGCAAUGUGAACGAAAAGCAGUCCCGAUUCAAAUUUACUUGGAUUGCCAUAAAAUUGACUUUAGGGUUUAUCAGGCUUCAUCAGACCUGAAAUGGACCAGUUCGAAGACCCGGAUCCUCUUUCAAAGCAGUUCCCAAUGUGAACACAGUGGUCCAGAGUCACUUUGCUGUGUAUUACCAUUGGUUUGACUUGAGGCUUCAUCCGGACUGAAAUGGAUCAGUUAACAGAGCUGGGUCCUUUUUCAAACCAAUUUGCAAAGAUUUACUUUGCCUUGGAUUGCCAUUGUAUUGACUUAAGGCCCCAUCAGACCUGAAAAAGCACUUGAUCCACUUUCAAACCAAUUCUUAAUGUGAACACAAACUUGUCUAAAUUUCUUUUUCUGUUGUUUCACUUUUUGGCCCACUUUAUAAGCCGAUUGAGUUCAUUUAAAAGACCAUAUGUUAAAUACCAAUCUUACUAGGUCCCUGCCAAAACAAAUAAAACCUCACAGGAACUAAGAAAUACUUAACUCACUCAACACAAACCGACUUAAACAUGAACAGCCUAAGUAUGAAACUACAUUGCUGCAUUUUAAACAAAAUAUAUAAAAAGUGUAAAAAAAAAAAAUAAUAAUAAUAAAAACAGUUAAGUAUAUUAAUGUUUGCAAUUAUACUUAUUACUUAUAUUUUAGGGAAUUCUGGUAUCAGGAAAGAAAAACAUGGAAAAUUGACAAUGUUUUUGGUGAUCUAUAUGCCUCAACCUUUUCUGUUGCUUGAGGAGAUGUUUUUAUUUUGGGAUAAUAAUAAUAAGAGUAAAAAUAUGUGACCAAACUAUCAAAGUACAUACACAUACAUACGUGUACUUGAUACUGUGCAAGUGUAUAGCCGUAGACAUGCGUGAUGUUGCCUGUCGAAUAUGCUAAAACAAGAAAACGUAUCUAUUUGAAAAGGUAUACAUGUAUGUUUUGGAUGUUGCUUUCAAACAAUGACAAUAAAGACAGAAGAGAA